AUGGAGGCUGACCAAGAGCCGCCAGGGGCAGUUGGCGCCGUCAAUAUAAAGAAAGCCCCGCCGCCCGAAACAUCAGAGUCAAUAUGGACGAGACGACUGGUCAUCUUGUCCUUCUGGACCGUUGUCCUCUUAUUUGGACUACCAGUAUGGUACAAGACCACGACAGUUUACCGGGCAGCGCUUCCGCUGCAGGCAAUGAACGACUGGGCUGACGGAAAGAUAUGCCGCCCCGUAUUUCCUCUGCGUAUUGCAAUUGAUGCGCCGUCGCUCCCUCACCAAGAUGCGCAGCAUCUACUUCGAACCACACAGCACGCGCUUGAUGAUUUGAACGAGUUCUCUGCCCAUCAUCUACGAUUGCUCCUAUCUGAGCCCUCCACCCCCAGCAAUGCAUCACAGAAGAUGACAAUGGACCUGGACAGCAGCAACUCCGUCUCAAAAGGGCAUCUGCAUGAUGAAGACAUCGCGCUCACUGUCAGAAUGCUGCCUGGUUCGUAUACACCCACCCUCGAUGUAUACUAUACGCCGAAUCAAAUACCUUCUUCAUCUUCUACAUCGUCUCCACUGGCAACGUUUGUGGCCUACGAGCUUCAGAGAGUCUUCGCCGAGGAACAGGCACAGCUGGCUCACUUGCUAUCCUCAAGCGCGACUUCCCAGACUGGACAAGUCAAGUCGCUCUCCAAGGAUGAUGCGGUUCGCCUUGCGCGGCAGACUACCCGGUCAUUCAAGUACGCCCCAACGUAUCAUCUGACGUUCUCGUUGUUUACGCCUGUUGCUGUACCAUCAGCCUGGGAAAUCAGAUCCGCUCUUGAAGAGUACAUAUCGCCACUAUUAGAAUCAUUGUCGCCGAUCAGCAACUUCACCGUCGAUACCCAGGUGCAACUCUACGCCAAGUUCUCGCAUUCCUUCCAUGAGCCAGAGUACGAUACGAGCUUAAAAGCUUGGACCUUGCAGAAGGAAGAACUAAGUGCCUUCGUCAACGCCGCCGAAUGGCCGCUUAGCCCAAGCAUAGGGGUAGGGCCGACUAUCAACUUCGUGCUAUAUGUACCAGCCGAAAACCAAAGUCCACUCGUUGUCAAGGAGACUGGCGGGAGUAGUUGGCUCAUACCGCAGUGGGGUGGUGUUCAGAUCCUCAAUUCCGGCACAUUAAAAAGCACAUUGUCUAGGGAAGACCUGCAGCCAGCUAUGCUUACCUUCUCCCAUCAGCUAAUGUCCCUGCUCGGCGUACCUCAUGCGCCUGUUUCUCUUCCUAUGCGCCUGUCAACACUUACUCGCGUGCGAGCGGCCUCGCUUCUCUUCUCUGCGUCAUCAACGCUUGGCUCACUCGCUCGGCUCACUCAAGCUCUGCAAUCCAUCGCUAUCCCGGACACUGUUGCACAGGCUGUCGAUACAACCAUCGAGCACUUAUACCGGGCUUGCAACGAGCUCCGCGAAGGCAGAUUUGCUACCGCAUUAGAGAGCGCCAGGAUCGCCGAGGCAGAAGCUGAGAAGGCGUUUUUCGAACGAUCAAUGGUCGGACAAGUGUACUUCCCGGAUGAGCACAAGGUGGCCGUUUAUCUGCCUCUCCUCGGCCCUAUUGCCGUGCCAUUGGUCAUGACUGCGAUAAAGGAACUCAAAUCGACAUACAAGAGAUGGAGGGCCGCCUGA